ACUCCUGACGCGACGGCCACACACGAUGGCACCCGAACACAACCCCGUCGCGCCUGCGACUAAUCAAGGCGGCGCUACCUCAUCGCCGACGACGAUCCCAGAUCCAUCCACUUGCUCUUUCCUCGACAAGCUGUCGGCAGAAAUUCGAGUGCAGAUCUACGGCCAUGUCUUCGGCGAAGCUACCCAUGUGCGACUGGCGCCCGACCACAACCUCACGAACGACACUAAUGGAGACGCCGAGUCUUCGAAGGCAUCCCAUAAGUCGUUUCCCGUCGAAACGUCAAUCAUGGCGGCCAACAAGCAGAUUCACGAAGAAGCCAUCGAGACAUUCUACAACAAGAAGACCAUUUGCUUAACGUUCGCUCAGCUCCACACGGCACUCGAAGCGCUGGAUUCCGGCGCCUCUCACCAUUUGGACAUGGCUCGCCGCAUCGAGAUCGUCGGGUGCAAAUCAGCUCGCGUUGCCAGCGUGCACUACUGUCUUUUCAGACUCCAUCUCUUGCCGCAUCUCAAGUCUUUGGUCAUCCUGACAGAGUACCUCACCACUAUGGGACAUCCUGACCUGCACUGUUCUGCUCAACAGUGGAUCGCCGACAUGGGGUUAUCUGGUCUCGUGUGCAUUGAUAUUGGCAAGUUCGAGUUCAAGGAUGACAGCAAACUAGCAAAGGUGCAACUGUUGAACUCGAAAUUGGUACGCAUGUGGCCAGCUGUGAAGAGCACUCCAGAAGACUACGAUCCAGUCAAAGAGGUUGCGAGGCUAAGAGAUGAGUGGGCAAUGAGCGGGUUCGUCAGCAACCUCUAUUCGUGGGCGAGUCACACGUCACUGCGCCUAUGGGUGGCAAUGCAUGAGGCACUCGUUGUGUACGCGGCAGACAAAGAAGCAGACGACACUACCGUCACUCAAGAUUUGGAAGACGACCACUUCAUAGACUGGAUGCGUAGCACCGUUCAGCGCGGACCAUCUUUCACACACUUCGUCAACAGACCAAGAGGCGGAAUCUCAAUGCACGCACUCGGUCCUCAACAUGAUCCUGCUCGACUGGAGGCUGCUACGGAAUUCUUAGCCAUGAACAUCACCUCAUACAAACUCCACGCAGAAGAUCUGGAGGAAGGUUUCCCGUUCCGCAUAACCUAUGCCUCGCCUUCAUGGCCAGAGCUUGGCGGGGUCGAUGUUGGUGCAGAGCAGUCCGAGCAGUAUCGCAUCGAUCAAGCAUGGAUCCGCGAAAACUGCUUCAUCGACUAUCCAUGGACCUCGACACGCCGAUUCGACAUCGAUGUCGUUCGAGAUUCACUGACCGGUAACCCAACCUACGGCCCAGUGUUUGGCAUACACGAUAUCUACGUUGCAUCGAAGAAGACUCUUCAGGAGAUGUGGUAUAUCGUUCUGGCCUUGUACUGUGACGUUCCCGACGACUCCGCGGAAGACGAGCACGAAGGCGAAGUAUGGACCGACGAGUAUUGUCUGAACGGGCCACAUCACGUUGCCUGGACGACCUCUCAUUUACGCAAAUAUAUGAGGCUGAGCAAUCACUUCCUCUCGCCAGAAGAGCGGUUUACUGCAGCGGAGAUUGAGGAUGCUUCGCUCGAGAUCCUAUCGGGGAUUUUCACGUUGGCCACCUCGCUCCGUGCUGUCCGUAUGCAAAUGGAUAAGGAUUUCGAGCCAGAACCAUUCCAGAUGAUUGAGGGGAUGAACCAGGACGAGAAUGUCUACUGGCCGUACCUUGCUCAGGUGGCGCCAUCUCUUCGAGUCUUUCACGGUACUGUGAUGAGGCUCGCUGAGCAGGAGAAUGGUGGGAUCCAACGAGAGGGUGAUGGGUCCAAUCAAGAGGUUGAUCAGUCCAAUCAGGAGGUUGAUGAGUCCAACCAAGAGCGUGAUGAGUCCAACCAAGAGGGCGAGGAAAAUCAGACAGGUUGUGUGAUGGCAUAAGGACGUUAUGCUGCGCUGAGGAGUGUACAUUUGAAACAUGGCAGCGCACAUGUUGACCUGUGAAAAGGCAUUUGACGAUGGGAAAGACGAAGCUGAUAGUACCUUCUACUGCUGUCGAAGACAUGAAUGAAUCGCGGGCGAUGUCCCUGGUGGCGACAAGUCUGUGAUGGCUGUUCAGAAAUUGCAUUAAAAUGUAUGACUAGACAAGCGGCUACUUGUUCGAGGUUGACAAU